AUGGCUCGGGAUCCAACUGCCGCUCUCAUACUUCCAAAGUCUCAUUCAGUUAGCCCGAGUCAUAGAGUAUCAUAUCGGUCCCUCAGCAUGAUAUCAACCAAGACGCUUGUGCUCCUCAUAGGGGCCAUUACCUCUAGGACUGUUAUGGCCGCCCCCGUGGAGGCUCCUACUCCUGCUCCUCCCCUCGUCGAGGCCUCUCCAGGGCUUGAUGCCGUCCCCAAUACGGUUCCUACACAGCUCCCAGAGACCCAAGACGCCAGCGCUCCGGGCAUGAUUGAGGGAACAUACAUACAAUUCUGGAAGGAUCCCGAUUUCAGAGGCCAGACCAUCUCCACCAUUCUUGACAGAGGACAAGGGGCCUGCUGUAAGUCCACGGAGAGAAACUUCGGCGCCGUCCAUAGCAUCACUGACCUUUCCCAUGGAAAUGUAGAUUCCUUCCGGGGCGAUCGUUGGAGCCAGUGGAACAAGGCCAUCUCAUCGCUUAACAUCCUCGAAGGCGGACCUUGCUGGCUCUAUGAGUUCCCUACCCUGCCCUUCGCCUCCUCAAUUCCCCAUGCCUACUAUCUACUCUUAUCCUCAACACGAAUAUUCCUCACCUACCUGUUACCAUCUGACCAGCUGGGGAAAGGACACGUGAAGAUGGACCCUAUCAGCGCGCUUUCCAUCGCGACAAGCAUCAUCGCCUUUGCCGACUUCGGAAACCGAAUCACCUCCGUCUUCAGCGCCUUGUCCGAAAUCCGUCGAUCGGAUGACGGUCUGCCCAGAAUGUGCUCCGCCCUUGUGGCGGAGGCGAAUGCACUGUCUAGUCAUGUGGAAGCCGCAAAGGAAACCGUCUUGAACCUUCGGGCACGCUAUCCCAAACGAGCCAAGGAGUUCGAACGCCUGGAUAAAGACUGCACGCUGGCUGGACAAGAGCUGCAUGCCUUGCUUGCCAGCCUGAAGCCUCGCCCAGGCACGGACUUGAAAUCCCGCACGUCUCAGGCCAUCACAGCCGCUCAGGGGCUUCGGAAGGGAGGCGACAUCAAAGCAUUGGAGGAACGCUUCGGCAGAAUCCGACAACAAACACAGUUGAGCGUAACAAUGUGCAUCUGGGAGGAUGUCGAGGUGCUCAAAAGCCAACAAAAGGCGACAGACAGGAAAUUUAACGAGGAAAUCCAGUACGACGCCAGUCCAACGAGCCGAGACCAGCUACAGGCGCCCGGAUCCCGCCGGAGAAAUGUACUAUGGGAGUCAACAGCACCAGCUCUGGAAUUCGCCGGCCCGGUGACCCAUGUACCGCAGCACAGUGACUCCAGCAGCCCUCUGGUUCUCAAUGCACUCAGCACCGUUCAGCAGAGAAUUCUGGAAGGUCUGAUAUUCGAAGAUAUGGUGGCCCGCAAAAAGCAAAUCCAGUCACCCUUUCCCAGGACCUUCGAGUGGCUCCUUAGAAGCAGCCCUCUCGCAUGUGGUGAAGCUUCUCUGCCCCAGCACAAUCCUCAGACACACUUCACCAAAUGGUUGGCAGCCUCCAGCGACACCCCAUUCUGGAUCACUGGCAAGCCAGCCUCGGGGAAAAGUACUUUGAUGAAAUUCAUAUGCACAGACCCGAGGGUGAAAGAAGGCCUGAAAUUGUGGUCUGGGAGCCUUCGACUCGUCGUAUGCGACAUUUACAUAUGGAACGCGGGGUUCUCUAGGCAAAAGGAUCAACUUGGCCUCCUGCGCACCAUCCUAUACCAGAUUCUUCUUCAAGAGCCACAGCUUUGUUACCAUGUCGCUCCGAAGCACUAUCUGUACUUUCAGCUCCCUGUGGACAUCAUUCCUGAUUCCCCCGACUGGACCGUCGAUCAGCUUCGAGACGCCAUCACCCGAGUUGCGUCGGCUGCUCAAAGCUCGCAUCGCUUCGCCAUUUUCAUCGACGGUUUGGACGAGUACGAAGGCGAUUUGCCGGACCUGGUUGAGUUCCUGAAAGGGGUGUGCGAGGGUCCUGCCGUUAAGCUAUGCGUUUCCAGUCGCCCUUGGAACGUCUUCAAAGAUGCCUUCCAUACUUUUCCCUCGCUCAAAAUGGAGCUUCUCACCAAGCCCGACAUUGAGGAGUACGUGCAAAAGCGAAUGGCAGGGAGUCGGGCAUUCCAGGAGCUUCGGUGCAUUGACGCAUCAAGUGUAGACAACCUCGAGUCCCAGACCGUGGAGAAAUCAGAGGGCAUAUUCCUAUGGGUGGUGUUGGUGGUCGAGAGUCUCUUGAUUACCGCCCAGGACGACGGUAACCUUCAAACCAUCUGGAAGGUUUUUCAAGCAUUGCCACCCGGACUUGAUCAGCUUUACAGUUCGAUGCGCUCCCGGCUCGACCAAGCGAGGCUUGAGCAGGCAUCCAAGAUGUACCAGAUUCUUUUCCAGUGGAAGACCAUCAAAAUAGAGAACCAAAUGAUGCCCGACAUCGACUUUUGGGUAGCGGCGAACCACGACGAGGACCUUACACCGCCGACAAACAAUUCAGCCCAAGCCACAAUCAAGCCCCUCCUCGAGCGGCAAGUCGGUGGUUGUACCGGAGGCAUGGUCCAAAUCGUCAUCAGCGACCGUGGAUGCUUCGUUGAUUUUCUUCACCGCACGGUUUAUGACUGGCUGAAGGAACAAUGGACCACAUUGAUCAACGAUGGGCCGGCGGACUAUGACCCUGCCAUGGUCAUUGCAUCAACUCUCGCAUUGAGAGGUUGGUGGGAAAGUUUCAGAGAUAUCUUCGCCUUUGGGCGACUCUGUAAUGAGUCGUUAGCAUCCAAGGCUGCGAUGGUUCGCAUCGUCGACGGGCUCAGGCCCGAUGAUGUCCAACAAAGUCUGCGUGAUAUCGCCCCAAUCUACGCGACAACCAACACGCCCAUGCUUACCUCACAGCUUUCCGAUGAGCAGUCGCGGGUCUUGAUGGCCAUCGGUUACGCUUGGGCGCCGUAUCUCGAAGCUAAGCUCGAAAAUGGCCUGCUAGAGCAAGUGUGCGGGUUCCCCAGACGCCGUCUAUUUGGGGUGCCAAUGCCAUUCAAAAGCAAAACUCCAAAAUACCUGCUACCGGCUCUCGCGUAUGCAAUAACGCCGCCGGUUUCACCCCAUAUAGAGUUGGAUCAUAUCACUCGAACAGUCAGGGUGCUUCUACAGAUCCCAUCGAUCCCUAGAAAGGAGAUUAUAAAACAGAUUCGGCAGCAGUCAUAUGGGCAGGGAGGGCAGAGCAGGUAUAAAUGGGAAAUUUUGGAAUUGUUAGAGGGGAGAUCCACCACGAACAAAGCUGGGUAGAGGGCUUGGUGGGAGACGGAUUGUUCAAGGGCAAUGAACCGAUUUUGGGCCAAGUUUUCUUGACAUGCAAUUUACUAAUAUCCAUCAAUUAAUCCACAAAAUAUCAGCCCCCCUCCAAAAGACCG